AUGGUUUAUGGAGAAACAAUUCGCCUCCCUGGACAAUUCCUACGGGAACAACAGGGACGGGAGAGAGAGCAACAAGCAGACACCGCAGUAGAGAAACUACGCAAAACUAUGCAACAGUUAAGACCCGUAAUGAAAAGGCACGGACAGAAAGCAGUAUUCAUAUUCAAGGACAUGGCAACGACACCACAAGUCUUCGUACGCCAUGACGCCCCAACCGGAGCUCUACAGCAACCAUACGACGGACCAUACGAAGUACUGCAAAGAAACGAGAAGACAUAUAAAAUCAAAGUCAACGGAAAACCAGUCAACAUCUCAAUAGACAGACUGAAACCAGCAUACGUCCUAGAAGGAGAACCAACGUCAACAAUGCCAACAUCACCAACAACGCCAACAUCGCCAACAACGCCAACAACGCAAGAGCAGGAACAACUAAUAAAAAAGGGACACACCCGAUCCGGAAGACCAAUACGACCACCGGUCAGAUUCAACAUCGACCAAUGA